AUGGAUCCUGCUGGCUAUACCGAUCCCGAAACACCAACACCCAUGCCACAUGCCGCUGCUUAUGGUGCAUAUCCUGUUCAGGUAAUCAAAAAAGUUCUUCAUAUACCGCGAGGCUAUGAUCCUCUAAUGGUGUACGCGGCAAUCAAGAGAGAAAUGGAAGACUUAGGCUUUUUAGGUCCUCUCAACAUUGAGGUUGUUGCAGUGGAGGGUCGUAUACCUAUGGACAUCUUGAAAAGGCUCAAGCGAACUGGGAUUAAGUUCAUUUCAGCGGACCACAGUGGACCUCAAGCAUCAAAUGAACUUAAUCCCAGCUUUGCAUCUGAGUCUUUUGAUUUAGCCUUUGGUUACGUUGGAGUUGACUCAUCGCUGAGAAAAUUGUAUCUCGAAUAUGAGAUGAAGCUGGACAAUGAUCCAGUCUAUGGUGUUCGACCUACUACUCUUGGAGAUCUUGUUAAUUGGCACCAGCUUCUCGACUUUGUAGAGAAGAUUGAAAACGUCCCCGUCCAGAUUCACCUUUUUGCUGCUCAGUUAAAAGAGCACAAUGGGGAUAUAAGUGGUGCUAGAGCUGCAUACUAUUUAGUGCACUCCGAAGUUUCUCCCGGACUUAUUGAAGCAAUCAUCGCUAUAGCUUUGGGCGAUACUGAAUCAAAUUACAAGCAAAGCACUGCAAUUUGUAAAGAAGCAGCGGAUCCUCGCUUCUCUUUCAUCCGAUCUCAAAUCACAGUUACCAAGAUGGCGUAUGAACUAACUGAGCAAAAAAAAGUUGGGUUAGGCCUCAUUGGUUUUGGUUUAUCUUUCACGUUUCUUGGUGUCAUCUUAUACUUUGACAGAGGCUUGCUCGCUCUAGGAAACUUAUUUUGGUUGAUAGGUGUUGGCCUUUUAAUUGGUUGGCAGCCAACUUGGAGACUAUUUACCAACAUCAAUAACUUGAGGGGCACAGUCUGUUUCGUCCUUGGAAUCUUUCUUAUAUUUGUACGCUGGCCAAUAGUCGGCAUUAUCUUGGAGAUAUACGGUUGCAUUGUCCUAUUCGGCGGAUUUUGGUCCACCUUAAAGAUGUUCCUCUCGCAGAUUCCUUUUGUUGGAUGGAUAAUACAGUAUCCUCUCAUGGUUCUUGAGCAACUUGUACGAGGCGCUCGUUGA